AUGGCCAAACAAUGGGGGCAAAAAUUGGAAUACGGGAUAAAGCAGGAAGGAAAGAAGCAGAUUGAGCGAGGAAAGACAGCAGCCGUACCUUCUGUUUGGGCCAAGGAAGGUGCAAACGGAUGCUGGAUGCGAAACGGGCAACGGCGAGUCAGCCUGUUCCAAAAAGGCCCCGAAACGGACUGGAAAACUUUUUCUCGCCUCUGGUUGGCUCUGCACUCUGCAGAACACAUUGCUAAAACGGUGCCGCUCGGCAUGGCUCAUACGGGAGGAGGGGUUCAGGAAUGGCAAAGAGAUACGGCCGACUACUCCGUACAAUAA